ACAGGCAUUUGGACAUCUCCAUCAAAAUGACCUCUCUCCUGCAAGAGAAACUGUGCGAAGUCCACACUCAGGCACCUCCUCCCAGCAAAGACUUCCACCACUUGACUGUCACAAAAAAUGAGGUUAUCUGGAAAAGCUGGAACAUUUCAUUUCGACCUAAUCAAGAAAAGAUUUUCCCAAGGGAAGUGAAGAAACUCCAUAAAGAUUUUAUCUUGGAUGAACAAUUACACAAGCAAAUGCAAAGCAUAUUUGGAAAACCGAUGUUAGUCUACGUUCUCAACUUGUGCCAAGAACACUAUGAUUUCCUAAUUCGAAUGCCCGAGAGCUUGAUCAUACAUAUCUUGUCAUUCCUUAAUACCGACGAUAUUAGGGAACUGUCAAAAACAUGUAAAAGAUUUUGGAAGCUGUGUAACACUGAAGAAUUUUGGGAAAGAAUGCAAAGAUUGGGAGAUAAAUACACAUUAGAUGUACAGACAGCCAAGUUGCCAGUUUACAAGAAGCCAAUUAAAGUCAACCAAAGAGCAGGUUACCUGGCACCAAUGCAAAGAAGACAGACCACAUUCUUUUAAAACUAACAGCAAACUGGUCAUCAUCUUGAUAGAUGCCUGUAUUACAAGCUAGUCAGCAAUUUAUGUACAAAACCUCUCUUGCAAGGACAGCCUUGUUAUUGUAAAAAUGCUUCAGGCUGGUGUGCAAGAGGAGAAACCUUACAUCCAAUGAUGUGGAAGAA